AUGGCAGCCAUUGCUUUGCUCCGUAACUUCCGGCGCAGCGACGUCGCGUCGGCCUCCCUCUCCGCCUACCGUUCCUUUACUAGCAUUGCCAAGCCAUCACCUUUGAGCCAGAAGUGGGCAAGCUUAGCAAGACCCUUCAGUUCUAGACCUGCUGGGAACGAUAUAAUUGGGAUCGAUUUGGGCACAACCAACUCAUGUGUUGCGGUGAUGGAGGGCAAGAAUCCCAAAGUUAUCGAGAACUCUGAAGGAGCUCGGACCACACCAUCAGUAGUUGCCAUGAACCAGAAAGGAGAACUUCUUGUUGGUACUCCAGCAAAACGUCAGGCUGUGACAAACCCAACGAACACAGUUUCUGGAACCAAGCGUCUGAUUGGGAGACACUUUAACGAUGCCCAAACACAAAAGGAAAUGAAGAUGGUUCCAUACAAGAUUGUCAAAGCUCCAAAUGGAGAAGCAUGGGUUGAAGUCAAUGGACAGCAGUACGCUCCAGGCCAGAUUGGAGCUUUUGUUCUGACAAAGAUGAAAGAAACUGCUGAGGCUUACCUUGGAAAGUCUGUUUCUAGAGCUGUGAUCACGGUUCCAGCUUAUUUCAAUGAUGCUCAGAGACAGGCCACAAAGGAUGCUGGAAGAAUUGCAGGGCUAACUGUAGAGAGAAUCAUAAACGAGCCAACUGCUGCUGCUCUUUCCUAUGGUAUGACCAGCAAGGAAGGCCUAAUUGCUGUAUUUGAUCUUGGUGGUGGGACAUUUGACGUAUCCAUUCUGGAGAUAUCCAAUGGUGUUUUUGAGGUGAAAGCAACAAAUGGUGAUACAUUCUUGGGAGGAGAGGAUUUCGACAAUGCUUUGCUGGACUUCUUAGUGAGUGAAUUCAAGAGAACUGAGGGGAUUGAACUUACAAAGGAUAGGCUUGCCUUGCAGAGGCUUCGGGAGGCAGCUGAGAAAGCUAAGAUUGAACUUUCAUCUUCAUCUCAAACUGAGAUAAACCUUCCGUUCAUCACAGCUGAUGCUUCGGGCGCUAAGCAUCUGAACAUCACGCUGACCCGAUCAAAGUUUGAAAGCCUGGUUAAUCACCUGAUUGAGAGGACAAAGGUACCGUGCAAGAAUUGUUUGAGGGAUGCCAACACGUCUAUUAAGGAUGUGGAUGAGGUCCUUCUUGUUGGAGGAAUGACUCGUGUUCCUAAAGUGCAAGAGGUAGUUGCAGAAAUAUUUGGAAAGAGCCCAAGCAAAGGAGUCAAUCCAGAUGAGGCAGUUGCUUUGGGAGCUGCCAUCCAAGGUGGUAUUCUUCGCGGUGAUGUUAAGGAGUUGCUUCUUCUUGAUGUUACUCCUCUAUCACUUGGUAUUGAAACACUGGGUGGUAUAUUUGCCAAGCUGAUUGCUAGAAACACUACAAUUCCAACAAAGAAGAGUCAGGUAUUUUCGACAGCUGCUGACAACCAAACUCAGGUCGGUAUCAAGGUGCUACAAGGGGAGAGAGAAAUGGCUGCUGACAACAAGCUUCUCGGAGAGUUUGACCUUCAAGGCAUCCCUCCAGCACCGAGGGGACUGCCUCAGAUUGAAGUUACAUUUGACAUUGAUGCCAACGGUAUAGUAACUGUUUCUGCAAGGGACAAGGCCACUGGUAAGGAGCAACAGGUUACCAUCCGCUCAAGCGCAGGGCCUACGGAGGAGGAAAUUCAGAGAAUGAUCAAGGACGCCGAGCUUCAUGCUCAAAAGGAUCAGGAGAGGAAAGCUCUCGUUGAUAUAAAAAACAGCGCGGACACCAGCAUCUACAGCAUUGAGAAGAGUUUGAACGAGUACCGUGACAAAGUUCCGAGCGAAAUCGCUAAAGAAAUUGAGGAUGCAGUUGCUGACUUGAGGACGGCAAUCGGAGGGGACAGUGCUGAUGAGAUUAAGUCGAAGCUUGACAUUGCAAACAAAGCCGUGUCCAAGAUCGGUGAGCAUAUGUCGAAGGGUUCCGGAGGCAGUGGUGACUCUUCGUCUGGAGGCUCACAGGACGGAGGAGACGGAGUUCCUGAGGCAGAGUACCAAGAGAUGAAGAAGUGAGUAGUGAGUAGUGAAGCAGUAACUAUUUUUAACUUGUCUCAGUUAUGAAGGUGGGAUAAAAGACGACUUUCAUGUAAUUAGACUAUUGAGUAUCAUCUACUUGCCUUAGUCAUAUGCCACUUUCAAUACAUUAUCGAUUGAAUUUUAUUUUUAAAUUAGUAAUUGAAAUUUUUUAGUCGU